AUUGAAGACAUUAUUAAUAAACAAAACAAUAAUUAUUUGUUUAAUUUGUUUACAAAAUAUUUUGUUGUUUUUAUUAAUUAUUGUCAAAACUGUUGACCAUUUGAUUGAUCGCAAACAAUGACCAAAACUGCUGAUUUGAAUCGGGAGCUCAUUCUCGACGAACUAUCAAACUUCGAGAAGAAGAGGAAUGGAGACAUUCCGGACAUUCUGAACAAGUAUUUGGAAAAUGUGGCACAAAAUGGUGACACUGUCUUUUCGUGGACUAAAUUGCAGCCAUUAUUGAGACGAAAGUUGGAGAUUGUGAUGAAUGAGUUUCAUCAGAUGUGUCCGACUGACCAUUUGAUGCCAUUACCUAAUGUCAAACCCUUUGAUUUCGAUGAACUUAAGAAUCAGAUCCUCGAAUCUAUCGAUACCUUUGGUUCGGCGCCGUUCACUAUUCAGAGGAUCUGUGAAUUGCUGACCAAUCCAUCAAAACAUUACAAAAGGACCGAUAAGUUUAUGCGAGGGAUUGAGAAAAAUAUUUUAGUGGUUUCAACCAUUGAACCCAACUCUACCAAUGGAAAUGAAGAAAAUGAAUUUCAUUCGCCAUCAAGUUUUAAAAAUUUAUUCACAGCAUUGCACUCAACUUCCUAUUCAACAAAUACAUCACUAACCACAGCCUCCACUUCAAUGUUGGUUAACGGUGUAAAUGAUGUUUUGUGUGACAAUCAAUUGAAUUUAAUGCAAUCGUCAAACGAGUCGACUCUUCAGCCAUUAUCAGGUCCCGUAUCGCCGACAUCAUUGCCAUUGUCACCGAAUACUACAUCCCCGCCUAACCAACAUUUACCUCCAUUACAACAAUUGGAUAGCUUUACUAAUGUAUUUGCUUCGUCUUCACCAUCUAAUCCAUUAUCUGUAGUAUCAGAUCUUCAUUCAUAUGAACAAUCGUCAAGUUUAUAUCAACCAAUGACUUCUAAUGAUAAAUGUUUAUUAUCUUCAACUAAUAUAAAGUCUUCAGAUGAAUACAAAAUUACUUGUAAUCAGGAUUUAGAUUCAACGAUAACAACUACAACGAGUUCUUCAUUGCAAAACAAUACUCUAACUGAUAUUAGCAAUGAUGUCAAAUCUAAUGAUAAUAUUAUACAAAAUGAUUCAAAUCAUGAAACUAAUGAAACAAAAAAAUUUAAACCAAAUGAAUCCAUCGAUAGUUUAAAAGUUAAUGAAGAAGUGUCUCAUUCAAACUCUCAAGAAGAGAACAAAGAAGUAAUUAAUACUAAUCUCAAUAAUGAAAUUAAAUGCGACGAAAAUACUACUGUAAUUGAAGACAAGUUAAUAAAAUCAACUGAUAAUUCAGUGGAUACUAAUAAUAGGACUAAUAUUCAAAGUAAUGAAGACAUUGGAAGUGAAACAAUUACAGAGAGUUGUAGUAGUAGUAGUGAUAUAUGUAUACAAAGCGAUGAAAAUAAAACACCAGUGGAUAAGGAAUUAAUUAACGAAUCACAUAGUAGUGAGACGUUUGACAAUAACGACAAUAUCAGUGAAGAAGAUACGAGUCAACCAAUGGAUUUCUGUGGCUCUAAUAAUGGUAACUCCGAUCAGAAUAACACCGAUAUAACAGACUUGAGUGAUAAAAAUAGCGAUAAUAAUUCAAUGGAUGAAACACUGACCAGUUCUGAUCUAUCGGAGCCCAUGGAUGAAGACUAAAACAUUGUUUUAUUAUA